AUGGCCAAGUACAAUUCAUUCCAAGAAUAUAUGGACCCCACAAGGUUCAGGGUGCAGCUGCGAGAGCAGCACCUCUACUACCAGGACAGGCUGCUGCCCGUCAGCCGGAUCAUCCCCCACCCCAACUACUACACAGCUGAGAACGGGGCAGACAUCGCCCUGCUGGAGCUCGAGGACCCCGUGAACAUCUCCAGCCAUGUCCAUCCAGUCCCCCUGCCCCCUGCCUCAGAGACCUUCCCCCCGGGGUCACAGUGCUGGGUGAUAGGCUGGGGCAACGUGAACAGUGAACAACCCCUGCCACCUCCAUUUCCCCUGAGGCAAGUGAAGGUCCCCAUUGUGGAAAACAGCAUUUGUGACAUGAAAUACCACACUGGCCUGUACACAGCAGACAAUAUCCCAAUUGUCCAGGACGACAUGCUGUGUGCUGGGAACAGCAAAAGGGACUCCUGCAAGGGCGACUCUGGAGGGCCCCUGGUCUGCAGGGUGAACUGUACCUGGCUGCAGGCGGGCGUGGUCAGCAAGCGCAAAGGCUGUGCUCGGCACAACCGGCCAGGCAUCUAUACCCGUGUCACCCACUACUUGGACUGGAUCCACCAGUAUGUCCCCAGGAAGCCCUGAGCCCAGUCCUAGUGGCUGCCACCUGAGUAGUGGAGAAACCAGCCCUGUCCUAUCCCCACACCACUGCUUCCUGCCAGGUGGUACCCUUCCCCCACCUUCUCCAUCCACCUGCCCUGAGCUCCCAUCCUUUCCUGAGCCUCUCCCUGCCCUGAGCCCCUCCCUGCCUGGCCCAGGGUGCAGGCAGUAGGGACUAAUCCUCAUUAAAGAGCAUGGAAAGCAAA